AUGUCGACAUCAGUUCCGAUCAUUCUCGAGCGCAUCAUGUCGGCCGGCAAGGCUUUCGAAAGCAACGAAAGUGGUUCACGGGAGAACUUAAUCGACCUUGCUAGACACCUCAUAGCAAGUCUCGAAAUUCCCAGUGAAUUCCUACAAAGAAGUUUUUGGGCAGAGCCUGCAUUAUCUGCACAUUGCAAGAUUGCCGUUGAAGUCAAGCUCUUCCAAUAUCUCAAGGAUGCAGGCGAAGCUGGCCUCAGCGCUGAUGAUCUUGCACGGAAAACGGGCGUUGAGUCGACUUUGCUACGACGGAUCAUGCGUCACCUUAUCGCCAUGAAGGUUGUCUCCUUCUCUAAUGACCGUUUCCUCGGAUCAAACCUCAGCGAUGGGCUUGCAGCAGAGAAUUACCAAAAAAGUAUCGACUUCUGCUAUGAUGUUGCACGGCCGUCAUUCAAUCGCUUUCCCGACUACUUUAAGAAGACGGAAUACAAGUCACCGACCUCGCCUACGGAUGGGCCUUUCCAAGUGGCGCAUGGAACGCAGCUGCCAUUCUUUCCAUGGCUAGAGGCCACCCCACCCCAUCUAGAUGAAUUCGGUAACUUCAUGUCAGCAUACCGGGCUGGUAAGGCGAACUGGUUCGAUCCAGGGUUCUAUCCAGUGGCCGACCGACUGAUCGAAGGCUUCAAUCCUGCCAACAACGAAGUGUUGCUGGUAGAUGUAGGUGGUGGCCGGGGACAUGAUGUCAAGCAGUUCGUGACGCAGUACAAGGCACAGCCUGGGAGGACUGUGCUCCAGGACUUAGAACCUGUCAUCGCUAGUAUCCAGGAUAAGGACAAAUUGCCAUUCGACAGCAAGGCUCACGAUUUCUUCACUCCGCAACCAAUCAAGGCCGCAAGGGCAUAUGCACUCCAUUCUAUACUACAUGAUUGGAGUGAUGAGGAAGGAAUCAAGAUCCUCGAGAACUUAAAACCUGCACUCAAGCCUGGGUACUCGCGGGUGUUGCUGAACGAGAUCGUGUUGUCGGAAGAGAAGCCCACUAUUGCUGCCACAUCGAUGGACAUGAUGAUGUUAGCACAUCUCUCUGUAUAUGAGAGAACUGAAUCGGAUUGGCGAAGGAUACUGCAAAAGGCCGGAUUAGAAUGUCUACAAAUAUAUAGCUACCCAGGCGUUGCAGAGAGCCUUAUAGAAGCGGAAUUACAAUCGUAG